AUGGUGCAAUUUACGAAGUAUUUUCUUCGUUUACAAAAUUAUUUCUAUGAAAAUAAUCCAUCAAGUAACUCUUCAUGUACAUCUUCACCUGCUAAAUGGUGUAUUGAUGGUUAUGAUGGAUAUAAAUUCUGUAUUCAAAAUCCUACACUUCUUCCAUUAUGUAUUUUGGCAUUAUUAAUCGGUCUUUUUUGUUCAAAAUGUAUUUCUAAAUUAGCAGGAAAAUUUCCAUCACGUUGGUUUUAUUAUUUAGCAUUUUUUCUUUAUGGUAUUAUGAUGACCUCAGCUGGUAUAUUACAUUGUUUUAUAGGUGAUCGACAAACGAAUGAAGAUUCAUCGGAAAAUAUUCGAUUAUUUAUUGUAAUUAUUGAUGUUAGUUUAACAACAUGUAUUGCUGUUACAUUUCUCUUUUGUGGUUUAUGUGAUAUUCAAUUUUUAAAUCCACAAUCAAUUUGUACACGUUGUUUACUCUUAAGUUCAUAUUUUAUUCUUUUUCUUUUAUGGACUUUAGCAGUAAUAAAUGAAUGGAAUCACAUAAUUUAUGCACUUUAUGUUGGUGUUAUAUCAAUUUGUUGUUUUGUUUACUUAAUUACACAAUUAUGUAUUAAAUCAAAUCGUCAUGCAUUACUUGCACUUUUUAUGAGUGGAAUUUAUGCCAGUAUUGGUUUAAUUGCUGAAUCAUUUGGUGCGGAAUAUAUUUGCAAAUCAGAAGGUCCGUUUUGGUCACAAUAUUUUGGACCAGAAUUUAUAUGGUGUCUUUUUGCAGAUAUUAUUUCUGAAGUUAUUCCAAAUGAUUCAUGUCUUGUUUUUUUUGUCCAUCAGAAAAUUAAUUAUGAAAAUAUUGCUCGAUUAAUUGUUAGGUUUAUGCUUGAAAAAUUACUUGAAGAUAAUCGUGAAAAAAGUUCUGUUUUACUUGAGUCAUUAAUUGAAGUUAAUGAAAGUAAUCUACGUGAUACAGUCAAAACAACAAUUUCAUAUGGUGUUGCUUAUCAUCAUAGUGGUUUAACAGACGAUGGUCAUGUGGAAUUAGGAUUAGCUAGUUCACUGAACAAUCAUUUAACAACAAGUUUGAUUAAUAUGAAUUUGGAAAAUCCUUUGCAUUUACUCUAUAUUACAGUACUAUCUGAUCUACCUAAUAUGACUAUUGGAUUUCGUCAACUUGUUGAUCGACGUUUACUUUAUGAACAAGCUGAAGAUUUACGAGAUCAAGCAGUUGAAGUAGUCGAAAAUAUUGAAUAA